CACUGUCUGAGUAGUUUUCAUACAUUAAGCAAGGGGUACCAAAAUGUGCUUUUAAAUAAAAAGCUUAUCAUUUGAAUCUAUUGGGAGCAUCUACCAUUUUAAUAUGUAAUAAUACAACACCUCCCAGCAGCGGUACUGCGAUUGUGUCGAUUCCGGGCUGCACAAGUCGGAUUCAAAUAAAAGACCCCUACCGUCGGCCCCCGGAGAGAGCAGAUGGUGCAGUCGUCAAUGGACGCUGCAUUGUAGAGGUAAAUCAAUAUAACAAUGUGUUUUUAAUACGGCGGUUUAUCGGUAAUAAUUCCUCGAUGCGAGUGACGACGAAGAGGGGGGGCGCAGUUAUGGCACGGUUUAGAAUCGCCAUGGCAGUUCGUUGAAUUAAAUAAUUCAUGUUUUUAUGUAUUUGUUUCCCAAAGCGUGAGGCGUUUUGUUUCCAGCGAGCAGCACAAGGCUCUCUGCACGACACUGUGCAGUUGCGCGACUGAGAUGCAUUACCACCAUUGACCAAUAAUCAGUAUACUGCGCCGCUUUCAUUACCCAUGUGGAGGUGUUUCUAAUGCGUCUGUCAUGGCAUUUUACUCGGAAGGUCCUGUAGUAUUGCAACACGGGGAACCUUUAAAGCAACUCGCUGUGCUGUCGAUACCUUUUCCACGCAAUUUGCUGAAGUUACAGCCGCUCAAAACAAGACUGUUGAACUGUCGACGUGGUGUGAAUCCCCACAAUGGAAAUAAGACUCCUAUUGCAUAGCGUUUUCACCCAUUCCAGAUUUAGCUAAGAGCUUGACUUGCCACAGUGUACACGUAACAAGCUCAGGCGCCUCUUAUAAACUCGCAGUAAAAAACAGGAAUGCAACGGGAGUCUUCCUUCCCUGAGAUGCUCUGUAUAUAUUAGCCAGCCUCAGAGGGUGCGUGUGUGCGUUCUGACUCGGCUGGGUUUCUCCCCCUCAGAGCUGCUGCUGUGCUCCAGUGAAGAUGAGCGAGCUCAAGGACUGCCCCCUGCAGUUCCACGACUUCAAGCCAGUGGAGCAUGGCAAGGUGUGCCCGCGGUACACAGCCGUGCUGGGCCGUUCCGAGGACGAUGGCAUCGGCAUUGAGGAGCUGGACACCAUGCAGCUGGAGCUGGAGACACUGCUGUCCUCCGCUAGCAGGAGGCUCAGAGUGCUGGAGGCAGAGACACAGAUCCUGACGGACUGGCAGGACAAGAAGGGCGAUAAGCGCUUCCUGAAGCUGGGCAAGGACGUGGAGCUGGGCACGCCCACCAAGCACGGCAAGCCCAAGAAGCAGCGGCUGGAUGGUAAGGGCAGCCAUGGGACGGGGCCCGGCCCCGGCAGGCCCAAAUCCAAGAACCUGCAGCCCAAGAUCCAGGAGUACGAGUUCACAGAGGAGCCACUGGACGCACCACGCAUCCCCAAGAACGACGCCCCCAACAGGUUCUGGGCGUCAGUGGAGCCGUACUGCGCUGACAUCACCAGCGAGGAGAUCCGCGUUCUGGAGGAGCUGCUGAAACCACCCGAGGAUGAGGCAGAGUAUUACAAGGUGCCUCCGCUGGGGAAGCACUACUCAUUGCGCUGGGCUCAGGAGGACCUGCUGGAGGAGCAGAAGGACGGAGCGCGUGCUGCCACUGACAGGAAGAAAGGCAUGCUGGGAGCUCUGUCGGAGCUCGACUCCAAGGAUGUGGACUCCAUGCUGAAGAAGGCAGAGUCUCAGCACGAGCAGCCAGAGGACGGCACCCCCUUUGGCCCCCUGACACAGCGCCUCCUGCAGGCCCUAGUGGAGGAGAACAUCAUCUCUCCCAUAGAGGACUCCCCCAUCCCCGACGUGUCUGGAAAGGACUUGGGGGCCGAUGGGGCCAGCACUUCCCCCCGCAGUCAGGGCAAGGCAUUCAGCGUGCCCCACACGAAGUCCCUGGAGGCGCGGAUCAAGGAGGAGCUGGUCUCUCAGGGGCUGCUGGAGUCCGAGGACCGGCCGGCGGAGGACUCGGAGGACGAGGUGCUGGCUGAGCUGCACAAGAGACAGGCGGAGCUGAAAGCACUGAGCGCACAUAACCGGGCCAGGAAACAAGAGCUGCUGAGGCUGAGUAGGGAGGAGACGAAGCGCCAGGAGCUGAGGCAGAGGGUGCGCAUCUCCGAUAACGAGGUGAUGGACGCUUUCCGCAAGAUCAUGGCGGCGAGACAGAAGAAGCGCACGCCCACCAAGAAGGAGAAGGACCAGGCCUGGAAAGCACUGAAGGAGAGGGAGAGCAUCCUCAAACUGCUCGAUGGGUAGAGACACCCUACCCUACUCCCUACCCACUACCAUCUACCAUUCAUAGACUCAACAAGAUCAUCCUCAAACUGCUCGAUGGGUAGAGACACCCUACCCUACUCCCUACCCACUGCCAUCUACCAUUCAUAGACUCCAGAAGCUACAGACUCAUCACUCCACACAGUGAGCCGCUAGCUUUCCCAAGUGCAUGGGUUUUUAUAAUCGAUUCAACAACCCUUUCAAAGAUGACCCCUGUCUGUCCACGGGGUAUUACUGUUUUGCCAUGCAGGGGUCGGCUGAGGAGAGUCUCUUCUGUGACCAAGUGUGAAAUCUGACAUUUUGUUUUUAAACUGAGAGUCCAAAUCUGAAAUGUGAUAUUUCAUGUAUACCAGCAGCUGUUAUUUUAAGAGAUGUUUUUGUAAAACCAGGAUUGAUUUCUGAAAAACCAGUUAAAAAAACACACCACCCUGCUGCAUGUUGUGCGUGCAUGCGUGCACAUUGAGGUACCGCUGCCUUCACGUUGGUUUUGUUUGGUGUUGUGUGUGUGUGUGUGUGU